AUGGCUUCAGCUGAAGAAGUGCAGAAGAUGAUGGCGUCUAUUUCCAAGAUAAGAAAUGAUGUGCUGUCCCCAAUGGAAAAACAACUAGAACAAUUACUAAACGAGCCGAAAGAUAACCCUGUUGUCACUCAAGAACUUGAACAGAAAUUUGAGAAAGAAUUAGAAGAAUGCAGACGUGAAUUAGAAGAAAACUAUCAACAACAACUUCAAAAGCAAAGGGAAGAAAUAAAAAAAGAAUUAUUCGAGCAUUUCGAAGAAAAACUAAAAAAUAUAGAAGAAUUAAAAACUAAAUUACAAAAUCAAAUCGACGAUAUUCGCAAAAUGUUUUAUACAUGCCAAAGUGAGAGUACAGAGUCACACAAUCAAAUAUUGACUCAAGAGGAACAAUAUGUUACAACCAGUGUAACACCACCCGAAACAAAUAACUUAGAAAGUCCAGAACACGAAAUUAGAGGUACUUACGAGAAUUGGGGUUUUAGUAACAGCAAAACAUUUCAUUUGAUACCCAUCUCUGAAUUGAAAAACAUGUUAAAUACAUUAGUACAUUUGGAUGUCACUGUAAAAGCACAAAAAGAUGAAGGAGUAGCCUUGAUUAACCAAUUACGGGCAGCAUCCGAAAGUUUAACAGUGACAAUGAACAGCAGGUUCCCUCCUAACGGUGAAUUUUAUUAUUGUGGAUUUUGGGUCAACGAUUUACACGAUAUUCUUGAUCGUAUUGGCAAUGAAUGCGGUAAUGUCAACUAUAACAAAUCCAAAAAUGUUAUUUUUACAAAAUUCAUGCAAACCGGUAAUAAGGAAGGUUGGACCGAAGCUUACAAUUGCGCAGGGCAUCAUUAUUUGUUAGAUAUAACGACACCACAAUCGCGUUUGGAUCAAUAUUUGUGGCUGCUAUGUUGCUUGGUAAAUAUUGAAAAAAAUUACAACGUCAACGAGUUUGAAGUGUAUAAUGUUGAUACUUUUGAGAAAGAAUAUGAUUUGACUUGGAGAGAAGUCGAGUAGUAAAUUCAGCUGGUCAAUCACUGUCAGUCCUAUACAGCAAAUUACAGUCACUGACCGAAAAACUGGUUUUUCUUGUAAGAUCCAAAUGUGGAAAAAAAUAGUAACUACAACAAUUUAAACAUUAGGGACACGGCCGCUCCUACGCAACAUAGCUGAGAGGCGAAAAAUAUACAUCCAAACUGACACUGACCCAAGCCUAGUGGCCGCCGUUAAGGAUGUAUUAUUAAUAAAUUCAGUUCAAUAUAUAUUUAUGAAUACAAUACAGAUUCAGGAUAUGUUUUAAAAUGGCCAGGAGAUUGAUGCGAGUGGAAUGAGUGAAGGAGGUGUAUCAGGAUGGUAGUGGAAGCCCGUGCUUUCUGCCUUUCCCGUUGGGAGACAGGAUAAAGGCGUGAUUGCAUCUGUGUAAUAUAAAUUAAUAUUGUUUGAUUUUUGUCCUCGAUGUUUCUGACGUAUAUAUCUAGUGACAACCGUAGUGCACAAAUAAAUAAUAAAGACCAAGCGCGGUUAGUUCGAAAAAUUCGCAUGUGAGAAGAUGUUGAAUCCCGCCUCAUCUGUCUUUCGAGAUACGUUGCAAUCGACGUCCGAGACGUCGAGGUAAAUACUAAUAGAAAUGACGGUUCGAAAUGUCACAGGGAUCACAAGCUAUAGUCGUAUUUUCUCGGAUUAGAAAAACUUAGUGCACAAACGACAUCCGAAGUGGAUUCGAAUUUUCUAGAUUUGUAGUCUCGGAUCCGGAAUGAAUACGAACUGGAUACCGUGCUGAAAUGCGCAAAGUCCCGAAUUUAAAAUCAAAUACUGUGUGAAAACCGUCAAAGUUUAAAUCAGUGCAUUUUAAUAAUUUUGGUAUUUAAUGCAUAACUGAUAUUGUCAUUUUUACUAAUUAGACCACCAAGUGAGUUUGUUGAGAUAUUAUUAUUAUUAUAGUUUGUUGAGGAUCUCACGGAUAACGAGGACAUAGAGAGAUAGCGACGGGUGUUGGCUGUUAGAAGCAAUAUGUUGGUGCGCAGAUUCGCACGUUGCACAGUACCCGUGAAGGUGACACUUUUCAAGUCAUUUUGCCAAUGCUUCUAUACGUGUAAUCUGUGGGUCAACUUUACGCAGAAGACGAUCAACGCCCUGCGCGUUCAGUACAACAACGCGUUCAGGGUUUUAUUGGGUUUGCCAUGGU